UUCUUUAUCUCGCUGCAAAUUUUGUGAGAGAUGGACAUUGAAUGUUGUGGAUGGCUCCUUUUUUCAAUUCCACAAUUGCUGGUCCUUCUUUCUUGAUUGUUGUUGUGUUGCUGCUUCUGCAUUUUCUGCUACCGCGGUACAAGAAGUAAUAUUGUGAAGGCUUAUCAUGGAUAUAUCUGUCAACCCAUUGGUAAUGCUAAGAAUAGGCGUAGAAACUUUGCAAAAAAAAUAUCUAACAAACUUAAAAAAAGUUCGUAUUAAAUUGUGCAAUUAAAUUUGACUAUAUUAAAUAUAGACCACUCAAUUGUUUUCGGAAAAUAAAAUAAAAUUCAGUGCAUAUGUAUGAAUAAUAAUUAUGAACAAAAAAUGAGCUCAGGCAUUGGUCAGCAUGCCACGAAUUGAAAUUGUUAAAGGUUGAAGUGUUUAAUAUUUUAUGUUUUCAAUAUAAACUAUUGCCAGGAAUAAAAAAAUGGCCAGAUUAAAAAAGUCCUUAAUUUUGACCGCUUUUAUGGCAUUAUUUUGGUGCUCUCCAGCACAUCCUAACAGUCCUCAUGCUCAGGAAACAGUAUCAGUGUUUUUACCCGGAGACAUUAAACUCGGUGGGCUAUUUCCAGUACACGAAAAAGGGGAUAUCUCACCAUGUGGACCAAAGGUAUACAAUAGAGGAGUUCAACGCUUGGAGGCAAUGCUAUAUGCAAUAGAUCGGGUUAACAAUGACACAAACAUAUUGCCUGGAAUAACGAUAGGUGUUCAUAUAUUAGAUACGUGUUCACGAGAUACAUAUGCUCUUAAUCAAUCGCUGCAAUUUGUACGAUCUUCCCUUAACAACCUCGACACAUCUGCGUUUGAGUGCUUAGAUGCAUCCACCCCUCAACUAAAAAAAAAAACAUCAUCUGGACCUGUUUUCGGAGUUAUCGGCGGGUCCUACAGUUCAGUUUCAUUACAAGUGGCCAAUUUAUUGCGUCUUUUUCAUAUUCCACAAAUUUCUCCGGCAUCAACUGCUAAAACCUUGUCAGAUAAAUCACGAUUCGACCUAUUCGCUAGGACUGUACCACCAGAUACAUUUCAAUCUGUUGCACUAGUGGAUAUUAUAAAAAAUUUUAACUGGUCCUAUGUAUCAACGAUUCAUUCGGAAGGAUCAUAUGGAGAAUAUGGUAUCGAAGCAUUUCACAAGGAAGCUUCUGAACGUAACGUUUGCAUAGCAGCAGCCGAAAAAGUUCCUAGUGCUGCAGAUGAUAAAGUAUUUGACUCGAUUAUCAGUAAGCUUAAAAAAAAACCAAAUGCUCGGGGAGUUGUACUUUUUACACGAGCCGAAGAUGCACGUCGAAUUCUCCAAGCAGCAAAGCGUGGCAAUUUAUCCCAACCAUUUCAUUGGAUUGCUAGUGAUGGCUGGGGCAAGCAACAAAAGUUACUCGAGGGGUUAGAAGAAAUUGCAGAGGGCGCCAUUACCGUAGAGCUUCAGUCAGAGAUAAUAGAAGAUUUUGAUAAGUAUAUGAUGCAGUUAACCCCAUACUCGAAUCAGCGAAACCCGUGGUUUGUAGAGUUUUGGGAAGAUACAUUUAAUUGUGACCUUCGGCAUGAUUCGUUAAAAUUCAAUGCUAUAAGGGAAAACAAUUCCUCUGGAUUAAACAAGACUGAAAGAGCAAGAGGAAAAUGUGAUGAUACCUUGCGUUUAUCAGAGAAAGUUGGUUAUGAGCAAGAAUCAAAGACUCAGUUUGUUGUCGAUGCAGUUUACGCAUUUGCAUAUGCACUGCAUAAUUUACAUAACGAUCAAUGUACCACGCAAAGCGACCAAACAUCAGAAAAGGGAAACCAUCAACAUAGCGAAUCUGUUUGGUAUCCUAAGAUAUCAAGAAAUAGCAAGUCUCAAGCGUGUCCAGAUAUGGCAAAUUACGACGGAAAGGACUUUUACAACAAUUACCUAUUAAAUGUGUCAUUUAUUGAUCUUGCUGGCAGCGUAGUUAAAUUUGACCGUCAAGGCGAUGGACUAGCAAGAUAUGAUAUUUUAAAUUAUCAACGUCUCAAAAAUUCCACAGGAUAUCAAUAUAAGGUAAUUGGAAAAUGGUUUAAUGGAUUGCAACUGAAUUCUGAAACUGUUGUUUGGAAUAAAGAAGUAGAGCAACCCACUUCAGCAUGUUCAUUACCUUGUGAGGUUGGAAUGAUUAAAAAACAACAGGGCGAUACAUGUUGUUGGAUAUGUGACAGCUGUGAAUCGUACGAAUAUGUUUAUGAUGAGUUUACAUGUAGAGAUUGUGGCCCUGGACUUUGGCCAUAUCCAGAUAAGCUUUCGUGCUACGCCUUGAACAUUCAGUAUAUACGCUUGAAUUCAUUAUUUUCUGUCAUACCAAUGGUUAUAGCCAUUUUUGGAAUAAUGGUCACAAUCAUGGUUAUAGUUUUAUUUGCAAGGAAUCACGAUACUCCAUUGGUGAGAGCAUCUGGUAGAGAACUAAGCUAUACGCUUCUCUUUGGAAUAUUGGUUUGCUAUUCUAAUACAUUUGCGUUAAUAGCAAAGCCAACAAUUGGCUCAUGUGUGGUGCAGAGGUUUGGGAUUGGCGUGGGCUUUUCCAUUAUAUAUAGCGCUCUCUUAACAAAAACUAAUCGAAUAUCACGUAUUUUUCAUUCUGCAUCAAAAUCAGCCCAGCGCCUGAAGUAUAUCAGUCCUCAAUCGCAAGUCGUCAUAACGGCUUCUCUUAUUGCAAUUCAAAUAUUAAUCACAAUGAUUUGGAUGAUUGUGGAGCCUCCUGGUACUCGUUUUUAUUAUCCUGAUCGUAGAGAAGUUAUACUCAAAUGCAAAAUACAAGACAUGUCAUUUCUUUUUUCUCAACUAUAUAAUAUGAUUCUUAUAACAAUUUGCACAGUUUACGCAAUUAAGACCCGAAAAAUACCGGAAAACUUCAAUGAGUCUAAGUUUAUUGGAUUUACUAUGUACACUACGUGCAUUAUUUGGCUAGCAUUCGUACCCAUAUAUUUUGGCACCGGGAACUCGUAUGAGAUACAAAUAACAACAUUGUGCAUUUCAAUAAGCCUUAGUGCAUCCGUUGCGCUUGUAUGUCUAUAUUCACCAAAGGUUUAUAUUCUAAUUUUUCAUCCGGAUAAAAAUGUGCGAAAGUUAACAAUGAAUAGCACCGUAUAUAGACGGUCGGCAACAAUUGGAGCACAAUGUGGACCGAGUAGCUCUGGAUAUGGUCGCACACAAGCAGCUGGAACUAUGGCGUCUACAGGAAAUACUUUGGGCACAACUGUGACAUCUAGUAUAAGGCAAUUACAUAAGAGUGUGAGCCCAGAUGAAUUUUCAUGCCAAGAUGAUAUGGUUCAUAAAAUCAGUGGAAAGAAUAGUGAAAAAGAUCAUCAAGAAGAAUGUGAUUUUGUUGAACCAAAUUUUAGGCAGUAAAAAUACAGUCUGACUAAAAUCUGUUAAAUAUAUAAAAUGAUGAAUUUCUUACUAACCAUAUAGAUCAUGAUGUUUUUGUUGCAUAUUAUACUUAUGGUUUCUGUUUUAGUUAUUGGUUGUACAUUAUACACUACUACUUUGAAUAUGUAGAAAUAAAUGAGUAUGUAAUACCUUUA